AUGCUAUUUUAUUAGAUUUUCAUAAUUUUCUCAAUAAUUUUAAGUUCUUUAUCAGUAUAAAUACCAAUUGAGGAAGUGGAAUUAAUUGCUCAUAAAGAGUCUGGAUUUAAAUUAACAAAUUCAAAAAUUCUAAUAAAUAGAAAUGAUAAAAUAAAAGGUUUGAUUGAUGAUGAUGAUAUUAAUUUUUUACAUUUAGAAAUUUAUAAUGUAAAAGUAGAGUAAGCAAAGAAAAAGUUUGUUAGUACAUUGGAAUAAUUUUGGAAUGAUGCAAGAUUGAUUCCAAUAAGAAUAAGAAAUUAAUUAGAAUUGAUGUUAUAAUUAGAUUAAAUAAUUUUAGUGAUAUAGUUUUUAAGAAACCUAAAAGUGCUUAAAUAGAGGUGAAUGAACUAAAGAACAAUAUUUGGUCAAUCUUAAUAUACCUAAAGGAGAGAUCAGAUGUAAUGGAAAUAAAAUUUAAAAUUCCAGAGAAUCAUCAUAAUGAUGAGUUUAUGAGAUUGAGAGUAUUACUAGAUUUUAUUUGAAAUGAG